AUGAACAAUAAUAUUAUAUAAGAAAAAAAGAAAAAUAAAGACGGUGUUUGGUAUGUUAAAAGUUCCUAUCAAAUUUUAUAAAAAUUAGGUAAAGGAGGUUUUGCUAAAGUAUUUUUGUCUAAGGAACUUUAAAGUGAAUAAUAAUAUGCUAUGAAAAUCAUUGAUAAAUCAACUUUAAAAAAAGAUUCGUUCAAAUAAAAAUUAAAGCAAGAAAUUUCUUUUUAAAAGCAACUGAUUCACGAAAAUAUAGUUAAAUAUUUUUCUUCUUUCGAAGAUGAUAAUUUUGUUUAUAUAGUACUUGAAUAUUGUAGUAACGAGACUUUUAAAGAAUUAUUAGAUAGACGCAAAAGGUUAACUGAAAUUGAAGUAUAAAGCCAUCUACUACCUAUUAUAUAGUCUAUUAAAUUUAGUCAUUCCAAAGGGAUAAUACAUAGAGAUUUAAAAAUAGCAAACAUCUUUUUAAAUUAUAAAAUGAUAGUUAAAUUAGCUGAUUUUGGACUUUCAGCUUAAAUAUAAUCAGAAAUGCAUAAAAGAAAAACUGUAUGUGGGACACCCAAUUAUAUAGCUCCUGAAGUUCUUAAAAAUUAAGGACAUGAUUCAAUGGUAGAUAACUGGGCUAUAGGUGUAAUAGUGUAUACUUUGUUAAUAGGAAAACCACCAUUUGAAGAAAAUGAAGUAGAAAAUACUUUAGCAAAUAUAAAAUAAAAUAGAUAUAGUUUUCCAGUAAAAAAAUAUAUAAAAAAAAAAUUAAACUUCUAAAAAAAAUAUAAUAAUAAAAAAGUCAAAAGUUUAAUUAUCAUAAUAAGCAAAAGAUUUCAUUUAGAAAAUAUUAGUAUAAAAUCCAGAUAAAAGAUUAACUAUUGA